UACAUUUAGGCAACGUCAUAAGGAAAUACUUGAAGCUGCUAACGUCAUCUAACACGUUACAGAUAUGGCGUUUACAUUAUAUUCCCUUAUUCAAGCGGUGAUUUUGUGUGUAAAUGCUGUCGCCGUAUUGCACGAAGAAAGAUUUUUAAGUAAAAUUGGCUGGGGUGUGGACCAAAGUAUUGGGGGAUUUGGUGAUGAACCGGGCAUUAAAGUGCAGCUAAUGAACCUUGUCCGCUCUGUGAGGACAGUAAUGAGAGUGCCCUUGAUUGCUGUCAAUUCGGUCUGCAUUGUGUUGUUGCUGCUGUUUGGCUGAAGCGAAGACUGGACUGAAUUUGGAUGUUGAACUAAGAGAAGACAUUUUCAGGGCUCAGGGGGAUGUCUCCAUGAUUCCCGAAGGAGAAACCAUACAUGCACAACAAAGAAGAUUACACACACUUGUUGCUGUAUCACAAAGAAUCAGCAUUACAUUUGAUUUCCUUUUUAUUUAUUCCCACUUUACAUGGUCAGACUGAGUAACAGUUCAGAUGCAGGAACAGUCAGUGUUUACUCCUUUAUGCCAUUCAGUUUCUUUCAAAGACACCUGUUAGUCAAUGAUGUUUAUAUAAAGCAGUCCAAAGCAUGUUGCUGCGUCAGUGCUGAUUAUGGCAUGCAUGUUGCUGUUAACAUAUUGUAAUCUUAUGUUGUUACGAAAAGUUUUUUUUUCUUCACACCUUCCUGGACAAAAUGUUAAAUAUACAUAAUUUGAACAGACAUAAACGCCAUAAAUCGGGAUAUAUCAUAUUUUAUGUAUUACUUUUUUUUGCAGUAACUUUCAAUCAAUUACUUGAAAAAAAUAAAGAUGUUUUAAAUAACAACA